UGAUGGACUUAAUUAUAAUGACUUAGCUUCUGGUAGCAAGUUAGCAUACUGCCUCUCGCUUCAGGAAAAAGAAAAUACUUAGAGUAGCCUAUAGAACGACUAAUUAGGGAUUUAACAACAAUUUACUCUCACUGUAAUUUGGUUACGCUACAAGGCGUCGUUUCUCAUUCAAAUCGGAGGCAGAUAUAAUCUUGGGGAGGAUCGAAUUGGACUGACGUGAUAGCAAUCAAUUCGGUUGUACAAUUCAGGAAGCUACAGUUUCUUACAUUGCAAGGUCACUGAGAUCCAGUUACAACCCUGGGCUGUAAAGUAACCGACUAUUGACAGACAGGUCCUAGGAACGCCCUUGCAUAAAGGAAACUACACCGGGAGUUCAUCCAGCUUAAACAGUAGACACCUGAGACAGAUCUGUCUGUAACUGGGACUUUGCAGUUCACACAGUGCCGAAACCUGUCUCAGAUAACUUGGCUGUAUCACUAAAACCGGUAGUAACUGUUAGCGGAGUAGAUAAGUUCUUUUGGCAACACCAUUACGGAUAUUAACAAAAAGGUCUGUCUGCCAAGCAGCUUGACGUUGCAUACGCACCACGGUGAUUGUCAAAGCUGCCUAAAGUAUUCCCACUCGGGACCAAAGUCUUUCCGUAGCUUGGCAAAAUGAUGCAGAUUUGUGAUUCCUACAAUCAAAAGAACUCUUUGUUCAACGCGAUGAAUCGCUUUAUAGGAGCCGUAAAUAACAUGGAUCAAACCGUUAUGGUGCCUAGUCUCUUAAGAGAUGUUCCCUUGGACGAAGAAAAAGAUCUAAGCUCCGUAAGGACUGCCAGCAACAGCUCCAGUAACUAUUUCCAGGACGGGGACAUGUACGCCUCUUAUGUACAGUUGAAGUCUAUAAGGAAUGAUAUCGAAUGGGGAGUUCUGCAACCGGACGAAAGGCGAAAAGAGAAACUUGCCGUGACGAACCACGAGUUAUCCCAUGUGGAGCCUGAUGACGAGGACUUGGAGAAGUUAUUUCAUUUCCAUUUGAAUGGAUUGCACACCGUUCUCUCCAAGCUCACGCGCAAGGCCAAUACUCUGACCAACAGAUACAAGCAAGAGAUUGGAAUCGGAGGCUGUAUCCACUAAACUAAGCUCUCAGUUCUUAGUGGAGGGGGGGGAGCCCCAAAUCAUCGCGGAAAGAGUUAGUCGCGACCCGAGGGACUACAGUUGGGUUUGAAGAUUAGUGCUUGUCCUAACGGUGUAGUAUAUAGCUAUUUAUUCCUUGAAAGGAGUAAAAAGUAAUUAUAAUAAUGUUCUUGACGUGCACUGCACUGCACUUCCUGCACUGUUUUCCUCUUUGCUAGGAUUAAUACCCCUGUUAUUGUUUGCACUAAACUGUGUGUACUAUACUGUUUUUGGGUUUGGGGGUGUUAAAGCACAUGUAUAAUAUAUGCAAUUUAUUUAAAAAUAUAUGCAAUUAACAUUUCACAAAGAACAUAUUUGGGUGUUGAAACAUUUCUUUGAUGAUAAAAAAUAUGUCGACUAAAGCUUUGGGAAAAAAGCGUAGAUGUGUUCACAUGCUACUGCUACAAAUUAAUCAUCUGAACCUGCAAAAAAAGAAAGAAAGAAAAAAAACCUUUAAUGCCAAUGAAUCAAUUGUGAGAUAAUCUGUGAAAUGGAAUCGAAUGAUGUGUUCUAUGUACUUUAGAAUGUUGAUCGAUUCUAAGAGAUUGUGAGAGGGGCACAUUAUGGUACUAAUACUAAAAUUAUGGUGCCAAUAAGAGUCAAGCUGGUGUAUUUUUCUAUUACAAUGUUGGCUGCAGAAAAAUAAAACUCUUUUUUUUGUAAAUGU